AGUGAGGCAGCAGGAGAGCGCUCAGACCCGACAGAUCUUCAGAGAAGAGCACCGAGACCAGCCUCCUUCUUUAUACAUCUCAUCGGUAUAUUCUGAUGGGUUAAUCUAACAGACAACAACCAGCUGAUUAUAAACCGUGACAAUCAACGGCAGAUCUUUGACAUGGAAUGACACGAUUCCUCCCGAGUGGACCUUUAACAUCUUGUGACACUUCGCCCGCCGGUUGUUCUGGAAGAGUGUAUCCCGUCUGAUGUGCACCUAUUACGGCUGCUCUCUGCCCUGCACACCGCAUCACCACGGAGCGUCAUAAACAGCCAGCUACUGAGAUGGCCCGUGCAGAGACCAUGGAGAGCGCCGGGGAGACAGGAGGAGAACCAGGAGACGGCCCCCUGCCUCGCCACAGCUCCUGCCGGAUGGAGCUGCCCCGCCCCUUCUACAACUGGCCCGGCAUGCUCACCACCACCAUCACCAUCACCACCGGCUCUGUGACUGGCCCCGGGGCCUUACACCUCCACCAGAACCACCACCACCUGCACCCUUUGCAGGCCCUCUAUAUGUCAUACCCGGUGCCUUGCCCCCGCCCAGAGGGCCAGGACGAGCCCCAGACUCACCAGCAGUUACCUUGGUCAUCGUCAUCAUCAACGCCUCCCUCACCUCUCUGCCAUCGGAGGGAAGAGAGGGCCAGUGUCUUCUCAGGAGAGCAGUCAGACUCGCUCAGAGAGGAUCCCCAGGAGGCCUCCAGCAGGCAGGGGCCUCUUCCAGACCUGCUGCCACAGAACGAGCAGCUCUCCUGGGCUUCCCCUCGUCACAGAGCCCCCGGAGGAGAGGCAGUGCAGGUGCAGGUCAUCAGGAGGGUGGCUCACCAGCUGAGGGCCAUCGGAGAUGAGAUCAAUGCCACAGUCCUCCACAGAGCGGGUGCCGUCCCGCUCUGGCAGGACUGGAGAGACGUCUGCCGAGGAUUCUUCAACUUCCUCACCCAGACUCUCAGCACUCUGUACAGGAUCACAUAGGAGAGUGGUUACCAUGGCGACUUUAUGCAUCCAGGAGUGUGGCUAGGGAAUGGAACAAGUCCGACUGGUUGCUGCACUGUUUUAAUCCCAGAGGAUUUAUGUGACCCGAAAUCAAGACCUUUUUUUUGGGAAGAAAGGGAGGGAUGUGAGAGCGCCCCCUGUGGCUGAGCUCUGAGUCAGGGUGCUGUGGAGCUGUCUGUCUGUCAGUCUGCUGGAACAGACUGCAGCUGACGGACCGCCUGCCGUUUUCAUUCCUGUAUAUUUUGUCGAAUCCACUGGCUGUCUCUUCCGUGUGUGUGUGUGUGUGUGUGUGUGUGUGUGUGUGUGUGUGUGUGUGUGUGUGUGUGUGUGUGUGUGUGUGUGUGUGUGUGUGUGUGUGUGUGUGUG